AGAGAGGGCUCCUUGCUUCUCUUCUGAAAAUCACCUUUCCUUUGAGAUCUCUGCCCAGGACCUUCACAUUUCCAGAGGGAGAUAGAAACAGACCAGGAGCAACUGGAUAGUUUGAUAAGAUGGUGCAUGGUCACAAAGGAUUCAAGUUCCAGAACUGGGCACAGACCUAUGGCUGCCACCCAGAGAUGUACUUUCAGCCCACAAGUGUGGAGGAGGUCAGACAGGUGUUGGACUUAGCCAGGCAGCAAAACAAACGUGUGAAGGCAAUUGGAGGAGGCCAUUCACCCUCAGACGUCGCCUGCACUGAUGGCUUCAUGAUCCAUAUGGGGAAGAUGAACCGGAUCCUCAAGGUAGACAAGGAAAAGCGUCAAGUCACAGUGGAAGCUGGAAUCUUUCUGAAGGACUUGAAUGUGGAGCUGAGCAAGCAUGGCCUGGCACUCUCCAACUUGGGAGCCGUGUCAGAUGUCACUGCUGCUGGUGUGAUUGGGACCGGCACCCACAACACAGGAAUCAAGCAUGGCAUUUUGCCCACUCAGGUGGCGGCAUUAACUCUUCUGACAGCAGCAGGAACGAUAAUCGAGUGCUCUGAGACCAGCAAUGCGGAAAUAUUCAAGGCUGCCCUCGUGCAUCUUGGCUGCCUUGGUAUCAUACUCACCAUUACCUUCCAGUGUGUGCCCCAGUUCUAUUUGCAAGAGACCUCCUUUCCUUCCACCCUUAAAGAGGUUCUUGACAAUUUAGACAGCCAUCUCAAGAAAUCUGAAUACUUCCGCUUCCUUUGGUUUCCCCACAGUGACAAUGUCAGUGUCAUCUACCAAGACCACACCAACAAGCCACCUGCCUCGGCUGCCAACUGGUUUUGGGACUAUGCCAUUGGAUUCUACCUUCUGGAGUUCCUGCUCUGGGUCAGCACCUUCCUGCCCCGCCUCGUGCACUGGAUCAAUCGCUUUUUCUUCUGGCUUCUGUUCACCAGCAAGGUGGAGAGCAGUGAUAUCAGCUACAAGAUCCUCAACUACGAAUGUCGCUUCAAGCAGUAUGUCCAGGACUGGGCCAUUCCCAUUGAAAAGACAGCAGAGGCCUUGCUGGAGCUGAAGGCCAUGCUGGAGAACAAUCCCAAUGUGGUGGCCCAUUACCCCGUGGAAGUACGGUUUGCAAAGGGAGAUGACAUCCUGCUCAGUCCAUGUUUCCAGAAAGACAGCUGCUACAUGAACAUCAUCAUGUACAGGCCCUAUGGAAAGGAUGUUCCCCGCCUGGACUACUGGCUGGCCUACGAGCGCAUCAUGAAGAAGGUUGGAGGGAGGCCCCACUGGGCCAAGGCACACACCUGCACCCGGAAAGACUUCGAGAAGAUGUAUCCAUCCUUUCAGAAAUUCUGUGCUAUCCGGGAAAAACUGGACCCCACUGGAAUGUUCCUGAAUGCAUACUUGGAGAAAGUGUUUUAUUAAAAUGAGGGAGAAAAUGUAAAAUAAGCCUUGCUGCUUGCCCCAAGAUACCCCAACUUUCCAUUCCCACCAGCUGCUACUCCCCCCAGUAUAGCACAGUACUAGACCAAAUCUCAGAUCCAUAGAAUUUCAGAUGUUAUAGCAUCUCCAGAAACUGGCUACUCUGUCCCUCUUCUACCUGACAGCCUCCAGAGAUGGGUCCAGAGGCUGCCCAUUCCAUUUCUGGACAAUUCUAAUUGUUAGGAAAUUUUUCUUUCUAUUGAAUAGAAAUCUGCAUUUAUGCAGUUUCCACCACUUUUCAUGAUUCUGCCUUCAAGCAGAAAAGUUUUCCAUUUUCUACAUGACAGUUCUUCAAAUACUUGAAGACGGUCCUCAUAUCCUCUCUAUCUCCUAAACACUAAGUCUAAACACUAAGGAUCAGAAAUUUAAAGUUGGAAGGGAAGUUAAAGGUCAUGUAGUCUGACCCCAUACAUCAUUUUACAAAUGAGGAAACUGAGGCCCAGGGAGGUUAAAGUGUUUUGCCCAGGGUUAUACAGGUGAUAUGUUGCAGAGACAGAAUUGGAACAUGGGUUUCUCUUUCUAAAUCCAAUGUUCUUCCCACUGCAACAGUCUGCCUCCCAUCCCCAGUUUCUUCAAAUGGACUACGACAUGAACUCCAGUUCCUUCACCAACCAGGCUGCCCUCUAACUUUUCAAUAUCUUCUCCUAAGAUAUAGCACCCCAGAACCUAGCAUAAGAGGCUCAUUAUCCUGGUUAUAAUGCCCCUAAAAGACAAUAGAGAAAGAUCUCGUGUCCAACAUGAACUUCCCUUCUGUGCACAAACACUGGGUGUUUCUGUACCAGCCAGUCCAGAAUGACCACAAUAUCAGAACUGCAUUACCAGCAGUGACCUCAUUUCUUUUUAUUAUUAAUGAUAUAAAUCAACUGUUUCAGAUUACUUUCUCCAUCCCCCCUCCCCAAUAAAAUGAAAGUUCCUUGAGAUCAGGACAGGAAUUAUUUUUCCUCUUUCUCUUCCUCAUUAUUCCCCUUGUUUUUCCUCCUUAUUUCUUCUCCUCCUUAUUCUCUUCCUUCACCUCCUCCUUCUCCUCUUCCAAUCUCCUCCUCUUUUUCCUUCUAUUUCUUCUGCUCUUUCUCCUUCUUUUUUUCCUUCUUGUUCCACCUCUUCCUCAUAAUAUUCCCUUUCUUCUUCCUCCUCCUCCUUUUUUCUUCUUUCUUCCCUUUUUUUUCUUGUAUCCCCUAACACAGUGCCUGGAAGUUUAUAAAGGCUUGUUGAAGGAAUGAACAAAUAAGGACUUAGAUGAAUAUUAUAAGCAUCACACACUUUCAACCAUACUGCUUUCUUCAAUCUUAUACUCAUCAGCCUAUCUUCCUCCAUUAAACUUAUUAUUUUUUGCUAUCUUUUAAUAAAAUGCUUUAUUGAUGUC